AUGGCAACGACGCAAGAACCGGCUGUUCGCGUGGCAAAGAUGGAAGCACCGGCAGUCGACAAGGUGUAUGUGGACACGGAUGUCGGAAUAGACGACGAGACAGCAGACGGCACGGAGGCCAAGCCGUACAAGUCGCUGGCCUACGCGUACAUCCAGAACAUCGACAAGACGGGCAAGGAGUAUUUAAUGCGGGCAUCGACGACGACAACGGCAGGUGGCGACGCAGCAGACGAGGCUAUGCGGCUGCAGUGGAAGGCACCGGCCAAGAGCACAGCCAAGAAGGCGCAGACGCUGCUGGACGGCCACAAGAAGAAGCUGGCGAAGCUGCAGCAGACGCAGGCCAAGGAAGAGGAGCAACGGCAGCAGCGAGCCAAGAACCUAGAGGCAGCGAAGCUGGUGAAGCUGUCGGAGGACACGACGCUGCCAGCGGCAAAGACGAUCAAGCUGUGGCAGAAGGACGUGCCGCUGGGCGAGGCGGCCAAGGGCAGCAAGGGCACGCGGGUGCGAGUGUUUGGGCGGAUUCACCGGCUGCGGGCACAGAAGCAGGCGACGUUCCUCACGCUCAAGGACGGAUACGGCUACCUGCAGUGUGUGCUGGCGGCGGGCCCACUGACGCAGACGUACGAGGCGCUGCUGUUUGCGCAGGAGACAUCGCUGUGGGUGUACGGCGAGCUGCGGACGGUACCGGAGGGAGCGACGGCACCGGACGGCCGCGAGCUGCACGUGGACUUCUUCGAGGUGUUUGGACGGGCACCGGGCGACGCCGAGGCGAUUACGAACAUUGUGGCGACGGGCCAGCAGGAUCCGUGGGAGGCGGACAUGCUGGACAAGCGACACCUGGUGCUGCGCGGCGACAAGGCGUCGGCAGUGAUGAAGCUGCGAUCGAUCCUGUACGAGUCGUUUGUGCUGGCGUACCGGCAGCGACGGAUCGCCGCCGUGUCGCCGCCGGCGUUUGUGCAGACGCAGGUCGAGGGCGGCUCGACGCUCUUCCGGGUGCCAUACUACAGCGAGGACGCGUACCUGACGCAGUCAUCGCAGCUGUACCUCGAGACGUGUCUGCCGAGUCUGGGCGACGUGUACUGCAUCGAGAAGUCGUUCCGGGCCGAGAAGAGCCUGACGCGGCGCCAUCUGGCCGAGUACACGCACAUCGAGGCGGAGCUGGACGGGAUCGUGUUCGAGGACCUGCUGACGCACGUGGAGGACAUGAUCUGCGCCGUGGUGGACGCGGUGCUGGCGGAUCCGGCCGGCCGCGAGCUCGUGCAGCUGCUCAACCCGGGCUUCGUCAAGCCGGCGCGGCCGUUCCGGCGGAUGCGCUAUGCCGACGCGAUCGACUGGCUCAAUGCCCAGGACCCGCCGGUGCCCAACGAGUUUGGCCAGCCGCACGUGUUUGGCGACGACAUCGCCGAGGCGGCCGAGCGCAAGAUGGUCGACACCCUCAACGUGCCCGUGCUGCUGACCCACUUCCCCGUCGAGGUCAAGGCGUUCUACAUGAAGAAGGACCCGGCCGACCUGCGCGUCACCGAGAGCGUCGACGUGCUGAUGCCGACUGUCGGCGAGAUCGUCGGCGGGUCCAUGCGCAUGGAGGGCUAUGAGGAGCUGCUGGCUGCGUUCAAGAACAAGGGCCUCAACCCGGAGCCGUACUACUGGUAUCUGGAUCAGCGAAAGUAUGGCACGUCGCCACACGGCGGUUACGGACUCGGACUGGAACGCUUCCUCGCCUGGAUCGCCAACCAGCACACCGUGCGCACGUGCUGUCUGUACCCUCGAUUCAUGGGCCGGGCGAAGCCGUGA